ACUCUGCCAGGUCCUGAAAGAGAGAGAGAGUUGUAAAUUGCCGACAUUUCCCCUCUUCUAAAAAUAUUCUAAGGGCUACGAAGAAACACGUUGUUGUUUAUUUGCGGGAUAUUCGAGUGUUGUAACCCGACGCGGUAGCGCGCGAAAGGAAAUUAAAAGCCGGUUUGUGUGGAGGUGGGCGAGUGUGUAGGACCUGCGCUUUCCCCAGGACCUGAAGGGGUCAAAGGUGAAAGGCCAGUAACGACGGCGGCGCGAGGCGAAGGGGUUCAGGGAUGGCCAAGCACCACCCGGAUUUGAUCUUCUGCCGCAAGCAGGCGGGCGUGGGUGAGGCCCCCUUCCUUCCCCCUUUCCCUCGGACCGGGAGCCUAGGGGGGCCUGGCCUGCGCGCGCGGCGGGAGGCGGGCGGGAAGGCCACACCGGCCGGGUCUCCCAGGCGGGAGGCUCGACUGACUUCUGCCCUGGUCCAAACGGCAAAACGCGGCGAGGCCUCACGUCUGAAACGGAAUUGCGAACCGGCGCGCUUGGGCCUCACUCGUUGUGGCUGAAGUCGUAGCCGCCCAAUGAAAUCGACCGGCGGGAGAUUCAGAAAUGGACCGGCGAAACCUCAUUCUCCGCAUUCCGUGCCCUCAGAUGCAGUGAUAGUCGCAGGCUUAGGUGGCUUUAGAAGGAGCUUUAAAUCAGCCGAGGUCUAGUCCGUUUAACCGUUAGCCCUGACAGCUGAAUUCAGAGCAUAAGUUCUGUAUAAAGUAGUUGCUCCUUAAUGGCUCUCCCAUCCUCAAGUUGCCAGCUGGCCCCUAGGAUGGUUUAUAUUGCAUACAAAUGUAUCUCUGGAGCCCAUCACUGUUCCUCUCCCCCCCCCCCCCCCGUCAGAUAUUCCUUAACACAGUGCAGUUCGUCUGCCAACCUUGCAGCUGUCAUAAGCAGACCUAGAUGGAAAAACAAGUACUGUAUAUCUGCUGCAUCAUUGUGGCUUGUAGAUGGAAGCAUUUAGGUCCUGCUGUAUAAUAUUAGAACAUGAUUUGCACACUUAAGUUCUGAUCAAUCCCUAGCAUCUAAUUAAAAGGAUUUCAGCUAGCUGGGCUGCAAAAGAGGAGAUCUUCUUGCAACCAAACAGAGUACUUGCUUAAAGUGGAAUGAAUGUUGUAUCAGUUACAACAGUUUUACAUGAGUCACAUAGUCAUAUCUAAUGUCCUACAUUUCUGUCCCCUUCCCUCCUGCUUUUAACUGAUAUUUUAUUAACUGCUUCUUAGCAGCAAGGAUUUUUUAUUUUUUUAAAUCAUACUUGCUACAAGAUUUUCCUACCAUACAACUACAGGUUUUGGGCCUACUGCCCUCUUAUUUACCUUUGGAAGUCGUAAGUUUACAUGAUGCUGCGUCACUCUCGGCCUGUGACAUACAUAAGACAUAAGGCUUUGCUAUUGUAUUUUCAUCAAAAUAGCGCAUUCUUUGCCUUCAUUCCCUAUGAGUAUUACAUUCUUACUGUUGUUUUGAAAAUGACAAGCUCUAAUCUUGGCAAAACACAUUAGGCAGAGUGAGGAAAGAUUACGUUUGCUUUAAGUUUAGUCCUGCCAAUACCGUAUUAACAGUGAAAGCCUACGGUUGCAUUCCUAAAGACACGUGCCUGGAAACAGGUCCCACUGUUUGAAACCGAAGGGAAAAUAUAAAGGCUGCUUCUUAAAAUAUACACAGGUACUUUGUGCCAUGUGGCCUUGCUGCCACUGCACUGUAUCUAGCUACUCACUGAUUAAAGUUCAUUCAGUUUACCUUUGACUAAGCAUGGAUAGGAUCAGCCCCGAAUAUCAGUCUGGAUAGGAUCUUCUUAUGGAAUACCAAAAGUUAAGUGUUUAUUAAUUAAUUGCCUUUAAAUCUCAUAGUUCACCCAUCCCCACCUGAAUAUGAGGUAAAUCCUGAAGAGUAGUACAGUGGUACCUCAGGUUAAGUACUUAAUUCAUUCCAGAGGUCCGUACUUAACCUGAAACUGUUCUUAACCUGAAGCACCACUUUAGCUAAUGGGGCCUCCCACUGCCGCCAUGCCGCCGGAGCACGAUUUCUGUUCUCAUCCUGAAGCAAAGUUCUUAACCUGAAGCACUAUUUCUGGGUUAGCGGAGUCUGUAACCUGAAGCGUAUGUAACCUGAAGCGUAUGUAACCUGAGGUACCACUGUACAGAUUCUAGAAAUAAUGUGGAACUUUCAGAAUUUCCAAAUGAAUGUUACUCAUUUUUCUCCAUUUUUAUUGCAGCUAUUGGACGACUAUGUGAAAAAUGUGAGUAUAGCUUUUUACAUACUGUGUGUCUUCUGUGAUUUAGAGCCCAAUAUUGUGAAUCAGGAUUUCUUCCAAGCUGAGUAAAGUCUGUCUUCUAAAAUUCAAUUAAACUUAUAGGUAUAAGUAGUGCAUUUUUUCUAGAAAAAUAGGUGCCAGUGAAACUCACCAUGAAAUUGUUACAGUAAGUGCCACACUUUUUAACAACAAAAAAAGGUGUUGAUAGUGCAUACUCUUGAGUACCCCCGGAAAACAAGCACUGAGUAUGAUGCCAUUUUAAGUUUAAAAUUCUAGCUACACAUGUAGUAUAAUCCUAUAUUUGCAUAUUCAGAAUUUUCCCACUAUGUUCACUGAAACUUACUCCCAAGCAAAUUAGUAUAGAACUGCAGCUUAGAUGUUCAAGACUUGCCAUAGACUUGAGAAACUUCACCUUUUCACCUAAACCUGUCUGAAACACUUUUGAAUCUAAACCCAAGAGAAGAGAAGGAAUAUAAAAAUUGGCAACAUACCUAUAUGUUUACUUUAGAUAAUUUAAAAAUAAAGUAGAGGAUCAAUGCUAUAUAGAUUUUAAGGGGGGUGAAAAAAGUUGGUAAGAGUUUAAGAAAGGAAGGGGUUGAAAAAUGUAUCAGAACAUGGCAGCCAUUCCCUCCAAUCCCCCUUUAACUUCCUGCUUCCUAAAAGCUUUGCAAUGUUAAGCAGGGAUGUCUGUGUUGCUCCAGUACUACUGUAGCUACAUUUUUCUCAAACAUAGAAUGUCUGACGAGAUGACAGAUGUAACGUUAAACCAUAGUUUGGCACUGGCAACUUAAGACUUCAAGGAAGCAGACCAGGAAAGCAAGGCACCUGUGAAAAGAAGGAAGAUGUGCACCAGCCACCGGCUUCUUGUUGCACCACAUCAUGCUUUGGACUUUUGUCCAAUCCAGCCCACAGAAAACACACUUAGCAUUCCUGAUAUGCUGCAGCUGUCUUUACUGGCAUUUUAAGACGUAACAGUCACACAUGCAUUAGCAUGUGUGCUAAUCAGGGGCAGUGAAAUUCAGGAUUAGGAGCUAAAUUCCAGGCCUUUCUGCCUGGCCCCUGGAGCCCGCCCCAGUACACACCUCACUGACCAUGCUUCACACCCCAGGAGCUCUUACCUGGCUGGAAUGUGUCCUUGAACUCUGAUAAUUCCUCUUGUAGCCAUGGAUGGAGGAUAGAGAGGGUUGAUUGAGUGUGCAUAGAAACUAGGUUAUUUUACAAAGGUAAAAUUUAAAUUUGGUGCCAUGCCCACUUUUGCCCCACCUCACCCCACCCACCAUUGGCAUGUAGCCCCAGGAAGGCUGCCCAGAAAAGAAUGCAGCCCUUGUGUUGAAAAAAGACACACACCCCUGCACUCCGGAGUCUCCAAAGCACUAUUGUAGCUGUUCCUCUAGUCCUUAAAAAGCACAGGUACCUGUAAAGUAAAAGCAAAACUUCAGGCCACAUAAUGACCAGGCUAGCUAGUGUCCAUUUUGAGGUGAAACUAGGCAGAAGUAAAGGAUGUCAGAAAGAAGAAAAGGAUUUCAGAAAGCAUGGAGUUAUGGGCAGAUUAUGGCUUUUCUUAAUAUCGCUAUUGGGGUAACAGAUGCUGUCUCUCCUGGUCAUAAAAGGACAGGAUAACAGCACAAGCUAUUGCAGACAGGAAAGAGAUGCUUUUUCAGCCCAGGGAUGCAGAGUAAGAGAGUAGAGGGCGCUGCACUUGGGUGCUUCCCAGGGCUACUUGCCACACAAAUGAAAUGGCUCCCUACUCCUGCCCCAUCUUCGAAACUGGAAAUAAAGCAGUACUGGGGGGAAACUAUGAGAUGGUCUAUUGUAGCUGUCACCCAGGAAAUUAUCAGCAUUCUUAAAAAGAAUUUGUUCACCUUCCGAAAGAAAGAGCAAGUUAAACAAGUCCUUAGUAGGAAUAAAGAUUAGAUGGGCGAGGGUAAUGGGAUAUGAAGCUCUUCGUCUUUAGGUCAUUUGCUUGGAUAUGGUCCAGGCUAGCAGUGCUUGUCAUUGCCAUCUGUUGGCUAUUUAUUUACUUACUUGCUAACUUUGGUUCCAUACCUCAAGAGCUAUCUACAGCAAUAAUGGCUUCAAUUAUGUAUGUGUGCACUUGCCCUUUCAGCCUUUCCUAAAGCCAAAUUAAGAAAAGCAGAUCACUGAAUAUACCUUUCAAGUGUAGAAGAUUGCAUUGGCAUUAUAUGAUUGAUUGAUGUAUCUGUGAUGCUGCAUUCUGUAUUCAUCCCCGCACAAAGAUGCUGAUUUGGUAUUACAUAUGAUUAAAAAAUUCAAAAAAUGUGGCAGACUGGUUUAUGGAGAAGUUCAGUCAAAUGCCAAUUGCUUUGGGCUUUUAUCUGUAAACAACACAAGCCAUUGUAUUUGGGGUGUGGCAACUCCACCUUAAACACAUCUGCCUGGAAGCAAGCCCAGUUGACGCUUUGCUUUUGUAGCAUGUUCUGUGGGUAAUCUAAUAGGCUGUGUAUAUUCUUUCUGUGGGUGGCUUGUCUGCAUCUUUUCUUUCACUUGAAAUACGUGUACUUAUUUUGCAGGUGAUGGCAAGUGUGUUAUUUGUGACUCUUAUGUGCGGCCCUGCACACUGGUGCGCAUAUGUGAUGAGUGCAACUAUGGGUCUUAUCAAGGGCGCUGUGUGAUAUGUGGAGGUCCUGGUGUCUCUGAUGCAUACUACUGUAAAGAAUGCACCAUCCAGGAGAAAGAUGUAAGAUUAUUACAGGGGUUCGCAUUUUUCCGCUCUCUAAGUUGCAAUUGUUUGUUCUUAACUAUUAUCGUUGGCCUAUGUGUUGGUAAACAUCUGAAGCCUGGGAUGCUUAUAUUCUAAUAUCUAUAUGCUCUCAUGUCCAGUACCUUCAAUAAAGGUUCAUACUUGUCUCUUUCGAAAGCGCCCUAAAACUAACAUAAUUUAUAAUUUCAAACUCUUCUAAAAUAACUUAUGGCUGCAAACCAGUAGACAGAUUUCAUUCAUGCCUUAGAUUACAAGAGAUCAAGGACAGGGGUUUAAAAAAUAAAAAUCAGCAUUGGCAGUUGAACCUUUAAUAUAAAACUAUAGUAUCAACUACCAGCCGUUGUAGUGUAGUAUUAUUCUAAACAGCAAUCUGGGUUAGCGGUCUUGGGGUGGGGUGGUUUGUAAGUAGCAAUGGUAUCAGAUUUUCUCUCCAGUGACACAGUCCUACAAAUUCCUUUGUAAUGUCACUUCUUGAGAUUCCUCCGUUGCAGGGGGUUAGACUAGAUGACCCUCAGGGUCCCUUCUAUGAAUUUGGGACACCUUAUAUUUUUGUCUGAGGAUGGGUAUUACAGUGUUGCCACAGUAGAGCUGGUGUUCUUCUGUACCAGAAACCCUUACAGUAAGAGCAGAUUCAGACUGUUUUAACAAUGAAUGAGUACAGGAAAAAAUGCCUUGACUCUAAAGUGGCCUUGUGAAAAAUAGGUCAGGGCUCAUGCAUCUUUAAUAGUUGUAGCGAAGAGGGAAGGUACAUCUGUUAAAGGUGCAGGAGCUCCUGUGCUCUCUUUUUUCACCUCGCUGCUCCAAUUGUACCACAGAAAUGCAAUUAUCUAUAAAGUGAAAUGCACCUGUUUUGCUGGUUACUUCGCAGGGACAAUAGAAAUGACCUUGUUCCUACCCAGCCGUUUCACAUUUGAGUUGAAAAAUAAGCAGAAGUAGAGAGCAUGGUUCUUGAAAAUGGAGUAGCUGACAAUUAGCUUCAUUCUGUCUGAUACUAACUGUGUAGGAAGAGCUUGGAAGGAGGAGGUUUUUAAAAAGGAAAGGCUUUUUGAAUUUGCAUAUACAUUACUGGAUGAUUUGCAGUUGAAUGUGAAUUGACUACCUCCAUUUAAAAGUACUGUUUGUGACAUUAGAGCCAUCUAUGGUGUGAUAGAUGCUUUAUGAGUAAGUCGACAUUGGAUUCUACAGUUGAGUACAUGUUGAAUGUGUGCAUAAACUCGUCUCAGCUGUAGACAGAAAAGAAGGCACUAGGGCUGCUAGACAACAUGAAGAAAAUGGGUCAGUAACAAUGGGUUCUUUUAGCAUAAAGUACUGCUGCACCCAGGUUAAGAUGGAAUUCUAUGAAGAGGAUCCUCUCCAAAUCAGACACAUGCUGAAAUGGCGAGGCCAUGAAGUGCAGUUGGAAAUGGUUUUAAAGCUAUUUCUAUACUUGUGGGAAGUUUGUCAGUGAAUACAAUAGGGUAGCCAGGUGAAAAAGAGGCCAGGGCUCCUUCACCUUUAAGAGUUGUGUGGGCGCCCUGUCUGCUUUUGCAUCUGAUCACAUAGUAAUGAAAGUGCCCCUCCAGAAAAUGUGGCAUAGGGCACACCCAAAAUGUGUCACUUCAGACUGGGGAGGUAUUUAUUGAUUUCCUGUGUCAAAGUGUAAACUGAGGAAAAUAUUGCAUCUGCUGAGUGGGUAGGUUGGUGAACAGAAUCCAGCACCCUGCAAAAAGUUCACAGAUCUAUCAGCUUAAAUGUAACUGAAAAUUAUCUGUAAGGUGGGUUCCUCCAGCUGUAACUGUACCACGCUCUUUUUCUUCAUCCCUUCACAGCAGCUAUUGGAACAAUAGGCGGUCCCUGCCUACCCUGAAUCCAAACUACCCUGGCAUAUUCAACAGCAAAUGAUCUACUACCUGCCUAACCCUGUAGCUGCCAUGCCAGUAGUGUUAGAAACUGAGAUAUGGAAGAUAGGAGCCAAAUGGCACCUUAAACCUAUGUUAUGGGUGCAGCAACAGAAUGUCUAGGUGCACUUUUUUAUAACAAGCAUACAAAGCUGAAAAUGAAUGAACUGCAGCUAAAAUAUUAUGUUCAUUUUUCAUGUGCUCUACUCCUUCCCCUGCCUACCCUCCUAAUAUUUUUCAGACGGUCUCUUCUCCAGUCUUCAGAGAGUAGCUGGAAGUGGGGAGGCAGAAAAGGGUCCUCCUUUCCUUCCACUCUGCAGUUUUUAGUCUGAAAUCUUAGGCGCAGUACUGCACCCAGAGCUCAGAAACUUCUUGCGCUAAUGAAAUUCCCUGUCACAAUGGGAGUUUCGAACACCGCAUGCCAGUAGCAGUCUGUAAGGUGCCACAGAAAUGAGAAAGAAUGCAAAAUGGAGAAGCUUCUCAAAAGUGCCAACUGAGAUUUAUUACAGCUCAGUGCAUUUCAGAACAUCAGUUCUUUCUUCAGGAACUACCUCAAGCCAUCAAAUUCUAUAGAGUCGAACAGCAGCAUGCUAUUUGACUCCUUGAGGAGCUCACAUAUUGGCUUUCUGUUGCUUUUUCAUUUUCUAGCUCUUAUGGUGGUUUAGAUAAAUCUGAAAAUAUUCUGAUGUAUCUGCAGAAAGCUGAAGCAAAGUUUUUGAGUCGGGCUUGCAAAGUGCUUAAUCUUCUUGUUCUGUACAGCUCUUAAUAUUUCUCACUGUCCAUGCCUGCUUUCUUUGGGUAGCCAUGUCAUACUUGGAGUAGACCCAUUAAAUCAAUGGACUUACAGUAAGUCAGCCAUCACUAACUUAAAUAUGUUGAUUUUCAUGGGUCUACCGAGUAUGACUUUGAUCUUUUAAUUCCUCUGUCUUUGCAAAAACACUCCAAAUUCUGCAAAACCCCAAACACCAAGGCCAGAUUAAAUAAAGGAGCUUUGUGCAACUUAUUCUGGAUGUAGAAUUCAUACGCCCCUGUUAGAGAAAAUUGAAUUGCAGCAUUAUCCUAAAAUAGUGUACUCAGAAAUAAUUAAGCGCAUCUAGAAUUGCAGCCUUUGUGGCAGAAUCUCUGUUGGACUUCAAAUGGAAGGUUGGCAUAACUAUCUGUAGCCAGUACGUGUAUCAGAAUUGGGUCUUGUGUUGAGUGAUGAUUAAUUUUUUCUUGCACACCCUAUCUGAGCUGUGAAGUAACUUGUGUGAUACAUUUACUAGCAUUACCGUUGUUCUAACCAUAUCCCUUUUCUGUUCCUUUUCAGCGAGAUGGCUGUCCCAAGAUUGUCAAUCUGGGCAGCUCAAAAACAGAUCUCUUCUAUGAGCGAAAGAAGUAUGGCUUUAAGAAAAGGUGAUCCCAUCUCCACCAUGGUACAUUUGCUGGAGACUGCAAGGAUUCUUUUUUUAAAAAAGGACUGCCAUCUUACUGGAAAGCAGCUCAUUUGUUCUUAGUCCUUAAAAUUUGUUGCAGAAACUAGUAUGUAAAACUAAAUUUGGAGGUUGCUGUCUUCCCUGCCAUUCCUCAGUGGUCCCUAAUGUUACCAAGGGAGUUGAGCAUUUUUAUUGCAUCUGUGACUCAGAGGAAGGAGAUUUACAUUUCAGCCCUUGUGACUUCCAAUCUACCCCUUUAUAGAUAAGCAACCUAAAUUUCUGUUGACUGAAUCCUUUCACUUAGUGUUAUGACCACACCUAUAUUUUCCCUGAAGUAAGCCAAGCCGCAGCAUCUUUGUGAAUUAUGCAUCAAUAAAGUUUUAUAGUAGUCUUCUAAAGGA